AUGCCCCUUCGAUUGCGCGCCAUGCGCGCCAUGACCAGGCCUGGCGUUGUCUCUUCCCAGCAUGCUCCUCUGUGCAGGUCUCCCAAGCCACAUAAUUCUGGGCCGACUGAACGCAAAAUCCUCGAAAGAUGUUUCGCGACACAAGUUGAACACUCCGAUGCUGGUAAUCAGUCUGAUCACCAGAAAGAGCGCGUUGUCAUUCUUGGAUCCGGAUGGGGCGGAUAUACCAUGUCACGCCGACUAUCACCCAAAAACUUCUCGCCAAUCAUCGUCUCACCCCGUUCAUACUUCGUUUUUACUCCUCUCCUUACAGACACGGCCAGCGGAUCAUUAGAUUUCUCCAACAUCGUCGAACCGGUACGAGACCCUGGCGCCAAGGUCGAUUUCAUUCAAGCCGCAGCUCGAUCCGUCGAUCUCAAGAAGAAAACUAUACUUUGUGAAGCAACAGUGGUGAAAAGUGGUGUCACAGAGUCGCCGCGCACCCACGAAGAUGAAAGGGAAACCGAAGAGGGCCCGGAGGCCAGCAACAAGCAGCCGAUACAAUCGCGCCGGCUGUGGGAGAAAGGCGAAACAUUUGAAGUUCCAUACGAUAAGCUGGUCAUCGCCGUGGGCACGGUGAGUCGCACUUUUGGUACGCCGGGAGUCCGACAGAAUGCAAUGUUCUUCAAGGAUAUCGGCGAUGCCAAACGGGUGAAGCGUCGUGUACGCGAAUGUUUCGAGCUAGCUGUUUUGCCGACGACAACAACGGAUAUGAAAAAGUGGCUGCUUCAUUUUGCCAUUGUUGGUGCCGGUCCAACUGGCACCGAGCUCACAGCUUCACUACGUGACUUCAUCUACAAGGAUAUGAUCGCGCUCUACCCGGGUCUCCAAGGGCUUCCGAAGCUCAGCCUCUAUGACGUCGCGCCGAAGGUACUGUCUACGUUCGAUGAAUCGCUUUCUCGGUAUGCAAUGAAGACGAUGAGAAGUGAAGGAAUUGACAUAAAGACCUCUCAUCAUGUGAAGGGCUUACGCUGGGGUCCACCUGGUGCGCUUCCGCCUUAUGAAAUGGACCCAAAGCGCUGCUUAACCCUCACCACCGAGGAGGAAGGAGAAGUCGGCGUCGGCAUGUGCGUGUGGACAACAGGCAAUGCUAUGACCAAAUUGGUAAGCCAGUCGCUGAAUGAAGUGAAUGAGUUUCCCGAGAAGUCUGUGUUCAAAAUGGACCGAAGCUCUGGUGCGACAUCUGCAGAGCAAUCUUGGGGAUUCAAGAAAGUCCCAAAGACGGGGGCGCUGCUCGUCGAUGGCCACCUGCGGGUUCAGCUACAAAACGACGCCGGAGAUACGGCUGUAUUGAAUGAUGUCUUUGCCCUGGGGGAUAAUUGUAUGAUUGAGACUGGUGCACCCCCAGCAACCGCCCAAGCAACAUUCCAAGAAGCCAAAUGGCUCGCGUCCCAUCUGAACAAGGACGACCUGACUCACACGUCCCCCUUCUCAUUCCGCAACAUGGGGACACUAGCCUACAUUGGAAGUGAGAAGGCAUUGAUGCAGAUCCCCCACGAUAUGCACGAUGUCAACAAGCGCAAAAGUUAUCUCCCCGAAGGUAUCACCGGGCGGAUGGCUCGGUUAGUUUGGAACGCUGCGUACAUCACCAUGAGCAUCAGCUGGCGCAACAAGAUCCGAGUGGCAUUCAGGUGGACUUUGAACAGAUUGUUUGGACGGGAUGUAUCUCGGUUUUAA